CGCGCAGGCGGAUUGCGCGGGGGGGAGCCGCAGUGCCAGCCCCCGAGAUGCCCUAAUUCCUCCGCCGCCGACUCAGAUCUGCGCUGCCCUCGGAGGUGGCGAGCAGUUCGGCGGACGCUCCUGGCCCCUCCUCUCCCAGCUCGCUUACACCUCGGCGCCCCCCCGCCUCAGCUCAUCCACCGCCCCCCCUCCGCUCGCCCGCCUGACGGAGAAGAUGCCUUUUGAAUACACGAUGAACUGAAAGGGGGCUGAGCGGCAGCGGCGGCAGCGGCAGCGGAGAAGGGGAAGGCUCUGCUCCGCACUGCAGCGGCGCGCAAGGCAGGCGAGGGGAGCCCAGGCAAGCGAGGCUCGGACGAGGCAGCCCCGGCGGGCGCCAUGCUGAACAACCUGACGGACUGCGAGGACGGCGACGGGGGCGCCAGCCAAGGCGAUGGGAACCCCAAGGAGAGCAGCCCUUUCAUCAACAGCACAGACCUGGAGAAGGGGAAGGAAUAUGACGGGAAAAACAUGGCCUUGUUUGAGGAGGAAAUGGACACCAUCCCCAUGGUGUCGUCCAUGCUCAGCGGCCUGGCCAACUACACCAACCUGCCUCAGGGCAGCCGGGAGCACGAGGAGGCGGAGAACAACGAGGGAGCCAAGAAGAAGCCUGUCAAGGCUCCCCAGAUGGGCACCUUCAUGGGCGUCUACCUGCCAUGCCUGCAGAACAUCUUCGGCGUCAUCCUCUUCCUCCGCCUGACGUGGGUCGUUGGCAUCGCGGGCAUCAUGGAGUCUUUCUGCAUGGUCAUCCUCUGCUGCUCCUGCACGAUGCUGACCGCCAUUUCCAUGAGUGCCAUUGCCACCAAUGGAGUCGUGCCAGCUGGCGGGUCGUACUACAUGAUCUCCCGCUCGCUCGGCCCUGAGUUUGGGGGCGCUGUGGGGCUCUGCUUCUACCUGGGCACCACUUUUGCAGGUGCCAUGUACAUCCUGGGCACCAUCGAGAUUCUGCUGGCCUACAUCUUCCCCCCAAUGGCCAUCUUCAAGGGCGAGGACGCCAGUGGAGAAGCGGCUGCCAUGCUCAACAACAUGCGUGUCUACGGGACGUGUGUGCUCACCUGCAUGGCCACUGUGGUCUUUGUGGGCGUCAAGUACGUCAACAAGUUUGCCCUGGUCUUCCUGGGCUGCGUCAUCCUCUCCAUCCUGGCCAUCUACGCCGGAGUCAUCAAGUCGGCCUUUGACCCUCCCAGCUUCCCGAUCUGCCUGCUGGGCAACCGGACUCUGUCCCGCGACGGCUUUGACACCUGCACCAAGGUGGUCCAGGAGGGCAACGAGACCAUCGGCUCCCAGCUCUGGGGGCUCUUCUGCUCCUCCCGCUUCCUCAACGCCUCCUGCGACGAGUACUUCGCCCUCAACAACGUCACCGAGAUCCAGGGCAUCCCGGGAGCUGCUUCCGGCCUCAUCAAAGAAAACCUCUGGAGCACCUACUUGCCCAAAGGGGUGAUCAUUGAGAAGUCUGGGUUGACCUCGGCGGCCCCUGCAGAUGCCCUCCUGGACAUGGAGCAGCCCUACGUCUUCAGCGACAUGACCUCCUACUUCACCCUCCUGGUGGGCAUCUACUUCCCCUCAGUCACAGGGAUCAUGGCUGGUUCCAACAGGUCUGGAGACCUGCGUGACGCUCAGAAGUCCAUCCCCACGGGCACCAUCCUCGCCAUCGCCACCACGUCCGCAGUCUACAUCAGCUCCGUCAUCCUCUUUGGCGCUUGCAUCGAGGGUGUCGUGCUCCGGGACAAGUUUGGCGAGGCCGUGAGUGGGAACCUGGUGGUGGGCACCCUGGCCUGGCCCUCCCCCUGGGUCAUUGUCUUCGGGUCCUUCUUCUCCACCUGCGGAGCUGGGCUGCAGAGCCUGACGGGGGCCCCUCGCCUGCUACAGGCCAUCUCUCGCGACGGCAUCGUCCCCUUCCUGCGGGUCUUUGGGCACGGCAAGGCCAACGGGGAACCCACCUGGGCCCUCCUGCUCACCGCCUGCAUCUGCGAAAUAGGCAUCCUCAUUGCCUCCCUGGACGAGGUGGCCCCAAUCCUCUCCAUGUUCUUCCUGAUGUGCUACAUGUUCGUCAACCUGGCCUGCGCGGUGCAGACGCUGCUGAGGACCCCCAACUGGCGGCCGAGGUUUCGGUAUUACCACUGGACCCUCUCCUUCCUGGGCAUGAGCCUCUGCCUGGCCCUGAUGUUCAUCUGCUCCUGGUACUAUGCGCUGGUGGCCAUGCUGAUUGCAGGACUCAUCUACAAAUACAUCGAAUAUCGAGGAGCGGAGAAGGAGUGGGGCGAUGGGAUCCGGGGCCUGUCCCUCAGCGCGGCCCGUUAUGCCCUCUUGCGGCUGGAGGAAGGGCCGCCCCAUACGAAGAACUGGAGGCCGCAGCUGCUGGUGCUUGUCCGCGUGGAUCAGGACCAGAACGUGGCCCACCCGCAGCUGCUCUCCUUCAUCAACCAGCUGAAGGCCGGCAAGGGGCUGACCAUCGUGGGCUCCGUGCUGGAGGGCACCUUCCUGGACAACCAUGCCCAGGUCCAGCGGGCAGAGGAGUCCAUCCGGCGGCUGAUGGAGGCGGAGAAGGUGAAGGGCUUCUGCCAGGUGGUGACGUCGACCUCGGUGCGCGACGGGAUGUCCCAUCUGAUCCAGUCCAGCGGCCUGGGGGGGCUGCAGCACAACAGCGUCCUGGUCGGCUGGCCUCGCAACUGGCGCAGCAAGGAGGACCACCAGACCUGGAGGAACUUCAUUGAGCUUGUGCGAGAGACCACUGCUGGGCACAUGGCGCUCCUAGUGGCCAAGAACCUGGCCAUGUUCCCGGCCAACUCGGAACGCUUCUCAGAGGGCCACAUUGACGUCUGGUGGAUCGUGCACGAUGGAGGGAUGCUGAUGCUGCUGCCCUUCCUGCUGCGUCAACACAAGGUUUGGCGCAAGUGCAAGAUGCGGAUCUUCACCGUGGCCCAGAUGGACGACAACAGCAUCCAGAUGAAGAAGGACCUGACGACUUUCCUGUACCACCUGCGCAUCACAGCCGAGGUGGAAGUCGUGGAGAUGCACGAGAGUGACAUCUCCGCCUACACCUACGAGAAGACCUUGGUGAUGGAGCAGCGCUCCCAGAUCCUCAAGCAGAUGCACCUCACCAAGACGGAGAGGGAGCGCGAGAUCCAGAGCAUCACAGACGAGUCGCGCGGCUCCAUCCGGCGCAAGAACCCCACCAACACGCGCUUGCGCCUCAAUGUCCCCGACGAGCAGGUGGGCGACAACGAGGAGAAGCCGGAAGAAGAGGUGCAGCUCAUCCACGACAAAAACGCCACCAGCUGCUCCCCGUCUCCGGGUGACGAAACAGAGGCGGAGGCGGAGCCAGAGGCCGCCCCGGAGAAGGUGCACCUCACCUGGACGAAAGACAAGCUGGCCGAGAAGAACAAGGGCAAGAGUCCCGUCAGCCCUGAGAGCAUCAAGGACUUCUUCAGCAUGAAGCCGGAGUGGGAGACCCUGAACCAGUCCAACGUCCGGCGGAUGCACACCGCCAUCCGCCUCAACGAGGCCAUCGUGAAGAAGUCCCAGGACGCCAAGCUGGUGCUGCUCAACAUGCCAGGGCCCCCCCGGAACCGCAAGGGGGACGAGAACUACAUGGAGUUCCUGGAAGUCUUGACGGAGCACCUGGACCGGGUCUUGCUGGUGCGCGGUGGCGGCCGGGAGGUCAUCACCAUUUACUCCUGAGAAGCUGGCCGAGGCCGUUGCCCGGAGGUUUGUGCCCCGCCUGAGAGCCCCGCCUGCCCCUUUCCACACCCAUCUCUCCCGGAGAGCCAGCAGGGAGGGCCCGCUGCCCAACGCCGCUCCACUCGUCUCUCUGCACGUGAACUGCAGCGCCAGGCGCACCCAUCCAAGCACCGCGGCCGCCAGCUCCCGCCCAGCGGCACGGCUGAUACCGCUGACCCAUAGAUCGACCUCGGCUCUAGGGCCGGCUCUCGCCGUGGGACGGAGGGCGGCCGCCGGCAGCUAAGUGACUUCCCCGGGAGGCCGGAGACUCGGAUGCGCCGAGCCCCUUGCCCUGAUCCUGCCUGCUUUUCUAUCGUUGCCUUUUGUCGGGUGUGCUCCUUGCUCCCCCCGCCCCGUCCCCCCCAACCAGCCCCCCCGGUGGGGAGAGGGCACCAGCCGAGGCCACCAGCAUGCUUCUUCCCUUGCCAAUGCUGGACUCUCCCCUCCCUGCCCUCCUAAGACAAGCCCCCUCUUGGGGACCAAAGCAAUGGGGCCGGGCAGCUUUCGUAGAAUCGUAGGCUUGUAGUUGGAAGGGACCCCUGGGGUCAUCUAGUCCAACCCCCUGCCCUCCUGCUUUGCCCUUUUUACCCAGGAGGGCCUGGCAACUACUGCUGACCCCCUGCAGGCUGCCUGGGCUUAGAAUGGCAGAGUUGUCAAGUGGGAAAGGGGGUCAUCUUGUGUCCCGUCCCCCCGCCAAGCCCCUCCAAACCCGCCAACCAUUUUGCACUUUGCUCUUCCCGUCCGGCCCAGAGGGGCACUGGGCCGCAGAGAUGGGUCUGUCUGCCCCGUCUCGGACGGAGAAGCCACGCCUUUUGGGGUCCGCGUUUCCUCCUUCCUGCCAAAAGGGACGGGAGAGGAGACAGGACAGACCCCACUGGGGCCCCCGCAAGACCACAGCCCCUUUGCACUUUAGGACUGGCUCUCCUGGCCCGCAGGGCUGGGCUGCCAGGUGACACCCCCCCAGGGGCCACAGUGGGGACGGGGGCCCCUCUCGCCACCCUCCUGCUUCUGUGGCCCCUUCUCGCCCGCUGACAUUCCCCAAAUGCCCCGUAUGGGACUGCAGUCUCUCCCUUGGGGGAGGCAGGUUGCCUCAGCCGGAUGCACUUAAUGACCCCCCCACCUGCCCUCCUGCAUGCCCCCCCCCCGGUUCUCAUCUGGCUCAACAAAGGGCUAAGAUGCUUUUGGGGGGAUUCUGUGUCCCCCCACCCUAGAAUCGCAGAGUUUGAAAUGGGACCCCACGGGUCAUCUAGUCCAACCCCCUGCAAUGCAGGAAUCGCAACAACGAAGCCUCCCUCCCUUGCCUCCCCCCCGAAAUGUGUGGCGCAGCCCCUCCCUCCCCCCCCCAGUGUCCGCUGUGGGGCUUUUAACCAAUGUGAAUAGUCCUCCGUAGCCAGAGGGACGUCGCUCUGCCUGAUGUGGGGCUGUAUAUAUUGUAAAUAGCACAGGACAUGUAUUUUUAAAGGGGUCGUAUUUAUGUGGGGGGGGGGACAGAAACGAGAUGAAGGUCUAUACAUAAAGAGAGUGAGAGAGAGAGAGAUCCAGCGGGUGGGGUGGGUGGGUGGCUGGCCAAGAAGCCCCCCAGGCGGGGCCAGGAGCCAGGCCUGGACCGGCUUGGCGAACGGGCGCCGCACACUUCUCCACGGGCGCCGUGCAGUGGCAGGGAGUUCCGCUGAGACCGGGCGGCGCCGGCGGCUGUUUCCUCCUUUGUGCACUUGUCUCUUCUUAGCUUCUUAGGGUUCUUAUCAGGGAAAAGGGCCAGAACCACCUGAACCUAUUUCACAGCAGAUCUGAGCUUCCACUUCCGAGUGUGGCCUGCUAAGCUUCAAACUCUCCGCCUCCCCCUCGCCCUGCGCCCCACCAGGCAGCCUGGCCCCACGCGCCUCCCCACCUCCUCUCCCAGGGCCAGGCCGUGGCUGCAGGAGCAUAGAAUUGCAGAGCUGGGAGGGACACCCCAAGGUCAUCUAGGGCAACCCUCCGCCAUGCAGGAAACAGAGCUCAAGAAUCACCGCUGGAUGAUCCCCCGGCCACUGCUGGACAACCUCCAAGGAAAGAGAGCCCAUCCCCACCCCCCGCGUUGGAGAAGAUCCAGUGGGUCCUCCAGUCCACACCCCUGCAAGGCAGGGACCCCCAAAGGUCCUCCAGACCACCCCCUGCAAUGCAGGGCUUGCAGCUUCCCAUCGCCCGCACCCCUAGCAGCUAGACUGCCUCUCGCUGCCCCUGCACCACCCACCUGGUGGGGUUGCGUCUGCCCCCCCCCACCUGCACCUCCUGGCGCACUUUCCAUGUGGGGUGUUCAGAGGGUGUGACUGACCCUCCCACCACCUCCAGAAGGCCUGGGGGGGUGUCUUCUUCUCCCGCCGCCGCAUGGCUGGCUCCUUCCCCUCCCAGCUGCCCCACUCCCCCCCCAUAUCUCCCAGUCCCUCAGGAGAGGGCCACGCUUAGCAGGUGGCACUGCAUGCGAGUUUACACCCCCCGUUCUGACCCUGCACGUUUGGCCCCUGUGUGUGUGUGUGUCCCAUGUGCCGCUCUCCCCUGGAGCCCCUUCAGCCCCGUCCGCCCGGGGAGAACGCAGGGUCCUCUUGUGAUGGGGGGGGGGCCAGGACAUGCACCGCUGCUGGAGGAGGGGGUUGCAGCGGAAACGGGACCAGCUUCAGAAACAGCAAAAAAGGAGAAAGCAAUUUUGAAUCAUCCCCAACGUGCGCACUGAGAAGGGGUCUCCGGCCAAGGCUCGCUCCUUGGAGAGUCCCGGUCCUUCAGAGAUGCUGCUUCUGAGAAGAAGGGAAGGACCCAGAGGCCCUAUUUGUGUUGGUUAAAACACACUCCCCCCCCCCAGCUCCAUGUGCAAUAUCUUUGUUAAUGAAUGUUCCCACCAGAGUCGGCUCAUCCAAUAACCUUUAUAAUCCGAUCACCGUAGCUAACCUGUUUUACGUCCAUCCAAGUGACUCUUGAUUCGAGUGCAAUAUUUCGAUAGCUUUCGUGAGCUCCUCCAUCGUAGGCUUUUGUGUUCUAGGGAUUUGUGUGUGCAAAGCAACGCCGAUCAGUUUCCUCCCUGUAAAUAAACCAGGUUGCCGAUCCAAAGGAACGCGCGUUAGGCUUGCCUCUACUUUUGUGCGAGUGUUUGUGGGCUGCCUGGCUACUGCCCCCCCCCCCCGCGCUGUUCUCUAUGCCGAUAGAUAUCCAUGGGGUCGUGGCUCCUCCUCUGUUGACUGCUUGUGUUGACGCUUCUACUGUAUUUUAUUUUUUAGAUUCCUGUCUGCACAAAAUGCAAUAAAAAGGAUUUUAUUACACCCUU